UUGAAACCUCAAUUAAUAUACAACUAUAUUUUUUCUUUUUUUUUAGGAGUGAUUAGCGUAUUGGUUAUUUUGAUAUGCAUUGUUCUUUUAUUAAUCGCAAUAAAAACUGAAAAUGCAUAUCUGUUAAUACCGCAUCUUUUUGCACAGGUAUUCCUAAUCCUCUUCUCCCUUAUUGUCGUUUUAAUCGUCUUCUUGCUCAUUGUAUUCCGUUCAUGGAAUGGUAUCCGAAAUUUACUUGGAUAUGGCGACUAUAAAGUGAACAAUGAAUCGACGGAAAUGACUGGGUAUGCGCUGAUCCUCCUGCAUUUGUUGGUAGCAGCAUUGGAAGCAGUUUUUCUUUACAUCGUGUUUCGACUUUAUAGAUACCUACAAGAUUACGAAUUACUCAGAUAUCGACAUACCUAUUGGACAGACAGUGAUAUAUAUAAAACUCAUUGGCAAACACCGAUGAAAACUGCACCGUAUGGACGCGGUUCACCGGAAGCCGGUGAUGUAUAUCCGUAUGGACCAUAG